GGUGGCGUGAGGGCGUCCCUGGGUGGGGCGCUGACCCUGCUUGUGAGCCUCAGGUGAGCGGUACUUCGGGGACCUGGCCCGGGGCCCAGAGCCAGCCUGCACUGAGUCAGUCUCUGCUCCGCCAGGCUGGCCUGUUGGCCCUCCUCUCUCCUAUCUGCUGCUGGCCCCCAGCCCGGGAUCACCCUGCCCUGGAGCUGUGAAGACCUCUCUGCCCCCUGGGACCAGCGGGGAGCUGGAGGGGAGCGGGCGCUGGGGAGCCACCUGUGCUCGCAGCGCUGAGACAGCUGUCCCACCAGCAGAAUCAGAAAACAAAACAAAAUCCUCAGAAAGACGGGGUGCCAGUCCCCUUCACAUCACGUUACUCUCCUUAUAGGAUAGCAGGACCCAGUGACCACCAGACCACCUUAGACAACCCCCGGCAUGUGCCAGGGCCCAGCCCACAGAGCCACCUCCAGGCUCCAGCCUCACAGUGGGCAGGCCUCCUGCGGCCCCUCCCUGGCCAAGCCAGACCGGGGCCCGGCAGUCCUGCCGUGGCAUCACUGUGGACCUGCCCGUGCUCGGCGUGCCCCUGCUUUGCGGACCGAGGCAGGUGGCAGUCCUGGCUCAGAGAGGCCACGCACAGCACAUCACUGCGGAGGCCAGGGUCCCGAGAGUGAGCAGGUCGUGUGCACCCCAGUGGCUGGGUGUGCGCCUUGGUGUGGUCCCGGUCCCUGUGCAGUGAGGGAAGGGAGGGGCUGUGGCUCGCAGAAGCCAUCUUGGGGGAGGGGGGGAGGCUAGGACCCUGACUGGGCAGAAGGGAGAGGUUCAGGGACAGAACUGGGUUUGGCUGAGACAGCCGGGUGGCAGGAGUGGGGGUCCAAUGGAGGAACCCUGGGGUGCAGUCCUGUGGGAGAGGCAGGACAGGAGGUAGGACUGGCGCAGGCACCUUCUAUGGGUGCUGGUGCUGAGAGCAGCACAGGGAAGGGUGGGGAGGGUGGGAGGCGGCCAGACCAGCCAGUGAGAGUCUGGAGGCCGGCCUGGCAGAGACAGGAGGCAGAUGGGGGGUAGCCAGGUCAGGCAGCCCAGAGGGGGGCAGUGGGGGGAGAGGGAGCACGGAAGAGGGCGAUGCAGGGCCCAGAGGGGCCUAGAAGAGCCCAGUGGGCAGUGCAGUGAGGCAGGGGUGGGCAGCUCUGCCUGGGAGGUAUAACGAGGGACCCAGGGACGGGGUGUGGUGACAGGGCCAGCCUGGAGGAGAGGCCAUUGGGGUCCUUGCUGACCCUGACCCCUUGAGCUGAGGGGAUGCAGCAGGUGAUGGGGUCGCCAGAGGUUGGACUGUUAACUCUGCCAUUUAGGGAGAGCAUGGCCGCCUUCAGACUGAGAACUGCAGAACAUGGAGCGUCCAGCCCCACGAGGCAGGGGCCACCUUGUCCCUUCUCUCCUGCCUCUGAGAGGGACAGAAACGCAGAGGGCCCUUCCUGGAAUUCUGGUCUUUGCGCUGGCUGGAGUCCAAGUUCCUCUUUCUCAGGAAGGAAGUGAACAGAGAACCUGGUGACUUGAAAGACAGCCCAGCUCAGACCAUGUGGAGGGUGGCAGCCAAGCCAUUGUCCUCAGGCCCCCUCCCCGGACAGCUGGGGCCGGGGGAGGAGUCUUGUUCCCAGAUUCCUGCACUUGCAAAACCAGAGUGCGGAAGAGAAGUGGGGUAGCAACCACUGGGAAACAAGAUGGGGAGAGGCAGGGCUGGUCUCUGCGGCCUUGGGGCAGGCUUGGGGCUCAGGAGUGUCUCUGGGGUCACAGGUGCAGGAUGACAGGUAGGAGCAUCCUGCAGGAGUCUCCCAGUCCCUGGACAGGGCAGGAGCCCCCGCCGCCGUCCCCAGAACACCAGCUGCCCUGCCACCUGGGCAGGUGGACACUUCCCGACGUGACCGCGCUCUCCUGCCAGACCCAGUGCUGCUCUGCAGUUCUCGGGGUGCCAGUGGGUGCAGCCUCUGCUCUGCUUUGUCUGCACUGUGCAAGAGAAUGACCGAAAGUGGAGGAAAAGUGGGGCCUCUGAGCUCACGCCCAGCACUUGAAGCCCAGCACGUGACUGGUAGUUGACACGUAAGAGCUACUAGUAGCUCAUGAAGCAAAGUGUGUCAGUUCUGUGGCUGUGAUCUGCCCGUGAACAAAAACUCAGGCAGGUUUUUAACCUAAAGCCCAGCGCAGCCGACAGCUCAGACCCUCACAGCCCCCUUGGGCCUGGCGAGCCGCUGCACAAGCACGUGGGCCCAUGAAGGAAAAUUCUGAGCAGAUUUACUCCGUAUGACGCUUUCCCAAGAAUCAAGCCAUUCUUUGCCCAGGGCAGGCAACCCCUUGUGGCCGCUCUGCUCCCUCCUCCACCUCAGCUGCGUGUGCGCCCCUCUCUACCGCGGAGGGCCAACAGUUCCUAGUUCCUGCAGACACCUGCGCAGUAGGCGUCCUCCAGGCUGAACCUGUGGUCCACAGGAUGGGUCUGGACCCCAGGGAGGGGCAGGGGCAGCAGGGGACCUGCCUUCUUGCCACCAGUGGGUGGGGCCAUCCACCCUGUGUGCCAGCCCUUUCAGACUCAACCGUUACUGCCCAAAACUGGCUGUGAGCAGAGAGGGAGGGGCUGGGCAGGGGGUGAGGGGGAUGUCGUGAGGCUCCCACCCGCACGCGCGCACACUGGCUGGCUGCAGACAGACGGGGAGGCCAGGGGUGGCUCAGCUGCCGGGCUCCUUCUUGGCACCAGUUGUGGGGCACAGAGUGAGGCAGGGGAAGCGGAGGCCCUGAAAGCCAGGCUAGGACGGGAGAUGCUCGGGAGCGUAAGGUCAUGUGGAUGGGGCGGGACCCUCCUCAGGCUGCAGCUCCCACGCCCUCUGCCCAUGGAGGGGCUUUGAAAUGAGAAUGGGGGGAACGUCCAGGGCAGACCCCAGGGCCCACGGACACCCUGAGAGCUGGGUGAGGCCACAGCGGCGGGCUGGACGGAAGGCACUCACUCUGCGCUCUCCCCACAGCCCGCCAUGUGGAGCUGCGGCCCUCUCAACGGCACGGGCGGGGGUGAGGACCAGCUCCUGUGCCCGCACGUCCAGCGGGCCCUGUCCGCCCUGUCCCUGCUCCACCUGGUGGUCGGUGUCCCGGUGGGCCUGGGCUACAACGCGCUGCUGCUCGCGGUCAACCUGCAGGACCAGGGCAGCAUGACCAUGCCUGAUGUCUACUUCGCCAACAUGGCCGUGGCGGGCCUGGUCCUCAGCGCCCUGGCGCCCGUGCACCUGCUGGGCCCUGGUGCCUCCGGGUGGGCCCUGUGGGACCUGGGCAGCGCGGUCCACAUCACGCUGCUCGUGCUGUUCAACGUGUCCUCACUGGUGACCCUGUACUCCACUGCCCUGCUCAGCCUGGACUGCUACAUUGAGCGGGCCCUGCCGCGCACCUAUAUGUCCAGUGUCUACAACAGCAGGCACGUGUGUGGCUUCGUCUGGGGCGGGGCGCUGCUCACCAGCUUCUCCUCCCUGCUCUUCUACAUCUGCGGCCACGUGGCAGCCAGGCUCGCGGAAUGCGCCAGGAUGCAGGACACCGAGGCCGCCGACGCCAUCCUGGUGCUCACCGGGUACCUGGUGCCCGGCCUGGCCGUGCUCUAUGCACUCGUGCUCCUCUCACGAGUCCGGAAGGCGGACACGCCGCUUGACCAGGACGCGGGGUGGCUGGACCCCUCGGUGCACAGGCUCCUGGUGGCCACUGUGUGUGUGCAGUUUGGGCUCUGGACGCCUCACUACCUGACCCUCCUGGGGCACACGAUCCUGGCUGCGCGGGGCAAGCCCCUGGAUGGGCACCACCUGCGGAUGCUGCGCUUUGCCAAGGACCUGUCACGGUCCCUGGCCUUCGCCAGCAGCUCAGUGGUGCCGCUGCUUUACCGCUACAUCAACAGAAACUUCCCCGGCAAGCUCCGGCGGCUGCUGAAGAAGGUGCACCGUGGGCAGCAGGGCUGCGCCCUGGACCAGGCGGGGCCGCAGCAGGCGAUGGCGUAGACGGCCUGUCCAAGGACUGCGCACAGCUGGAGACUCAGUGCGGGGAGCGCACCACCCGUCUCAGGAGACCCCCAGGAGACGCGCUGAGAGAGAACCUAGAACAGCAGGGGGCGUGUUCCUUGAAGUUUUCUGUUUUCCCACAGAAGGCCAUGGCCCUUGGGUGGGGGUGAGCAGCGUCCAGGACGCCCCGCUGCUCCUGGGGUGUGUUUUCCUCCUGACACACACGGCUCGGGUCGGCGCCCUCGACAACCUGCUCGCCCUCAGCCUUACACAGGGCUUUCCAAUGAAGUGAUGAAAAUCUAAAGUCAGUAUUUAUACAUUGCAUUGUUCAAAUAUUUGAUUCCUCCCUCUUA